AUGGAGGAUGUCAGUGUCAUCAGAAACAUCAUCACCAGGGCCGCCCACAAACCAUGGAUGACUGGGGAAGUAUGUGCCAUGCUGAAAGAGCGGAACACAGCUUUCAAAUCUGGGGACAUGGUGACUACCCUGAAACACAUCAACAUUCGUAAGGCAGCGGGGCCGGACCACAUACCGGGGCGGGUGCUCAAAGAGUGCUCCAACCAAGUUCUGACAGACAUUUUUAACACCUCCCUGAGCCAUGCCAUCGUACCAUCAUGCUUCAAGAAGGCCUCCAUCGUACCAGUGCCCAAAAAACCUUCAGUUACCAGCCUGAACGACUACCGCCCUGUCGCACUCACCCCAAUCAUAAUGAGGCACACUACAAAUCCCAUCAUGAAAUACGCCGAUAACACAACAGCAGCGGGUCACAUCCCGCAGACAGACAAUGAUGACCUGGCCUAUAGAGAGGAGGUGCUGCAGCUGGUGGACUGGUGUGAGGAAAACAACCACAUCCUGAAUGUUGACAAUACAAAGGAGAUUAUUGCUGACUUCAGGAAGAACCAGACCUGUCACCCACCACUGAUCAUAAACAACACAGCAGUGGAGGUGGUAGAGAGCACCAAGUUCCUGGGGAUGCACAUAACAGCUAGUCUGACAUGGACCACAAAUACAGCUUCUCUGGUAAAGCGAGCACAGCAGCGUUUGUUCUUCCUCCACAGGAUGAGAAGAGCACACCUCCCUACCAACAUCCUCACCUCUUUCCACAGAAGCACCACAGAGAGUAUUAUGACAACUUGCAUCUCUGUGUGGUGUGGCAGUUGCUCAGCUGCAGAUUGGAAGAGCCUUCAGAGAGUGGCGCUCAACUGUACACAGAUAGAUGUCUGGCUGGAGAAGUACUACCUGUCACCAUUUUAUGGCAUAGAGUUUUGCAUUGGUUUCCCUGGCAACCUUUUAGUUGUAUUUGGUUAUAUAUUUUGUUUGCAAAAGUGGCAGAGCUUCAACAUUUAUCUCUUCAGUCUGGCAGUGUCUGAUCUUAUUUUCCUCUGCACACUGCCACGCCUCUCAUACCUCUAUGCAAAUCACCAAUUGGAGAACAGUCCUGCUGCUUGCGUUAUUAACCGCUAUGUCCUUCAUGUGAAUUUGUACACUUCUAUUCUCUUUAUGGUUUGGCUGAGUAUGGACCGCUUCCUGCUCGUAAAACAUCCAACACGGAACCAUUAUCUGCAGAGUCGCCAAGCAGCCCUCUUCAUCACAGGGCUGAGCUGGCUUGCAGUCAAUGUGGAAGUUGCUCCAAUGAUAGCACUGAUGGUACAUGACCUGCAGGAUGAAAACCUCUGCAAGGAUUUUGCUAGCCUUAAAGGAGACAUUGAUCCAUUUGGGUACAGCUUGGGGCUUACUGUAACUGGCUACAUCAUUCCUCUCCUUGGACUUUGUGGAUUCUCAUACCACAUUGCAGUUCUGCUCCGUGUUCAGGAAAUGGCUUUACAACGCAGGUCCACAACAUACAAGCGCCCGCUUAGGGUUGUCACAUCAGUAGCAGCCAUGUUUACGGUUCUUUACACUCCCUAUCAUCUGCUGAGGAACGUAAGGAUUGCAUCCCAGCAGUCCUGGGCCGGGCUGCAGGUGUGCACAGAGAUGUAUAUAGAGGCUAUGUAUAUCAUAUCCCGUCCAUUAGCCUUCUUGCACAGCGUGAUUAACCCUGUCUUCUACUUCUUCAUGGGCGACCAAUUCAGAGAGCAGCUGAUUUCUAAGUUUAGGAAGCUUUUCAGAAGAAACAAUCAGCAAAGAGAAGAAGCCUCAAUGUAG